UGCGGACCCCCUCCUGCCGUGACAUCCGAGGUCCUUGACUGACACGUCGGGCACGGCUUAAAUGGCCCCCAGCACCCAGGGCACAAUUUCGUCCGGACCUCAGCACACAUUUCCCAACGAGCUGCAUUUAUGGUUCUGAACGUACAAUCUAAGGGUCUGUGGGUGUAGAUCACACCAGAGGAAAGAAGGAGGGGAGGUGAAAACGAGGAUGAUGCAGCGCAUUCUAUCCCUGAAAAUGUUGCGGCAGGUGGCCAUGAUGCGCUCGGGGCUCAUCGGCGUCAACAUCUGCGAUCCACCUGCGGUGUUAAGUUGCUGCAUGCUCCGCCUAUCCCGACCUGCAGGCCAACACUGGCUUUCAACUUCUGCCUCUGUCAAGGCCGCGCAUCAGCCAAAACAGCAACAGCCACCGGAGCAGGAACCUCAACACAGCACCACCCUCCACUCUGAUAACAGCGGUCAACCCGUCCAUGGAGAGGAAGCCAAGACUGAAGCCUCCCCCAUUACCCAAGGAGAGCCUGAGGAGAUGGACCCCUUGCAGGACAAGUCCAUUAGUUUGUUCCAAAGGUUUAAGAAGACAUUUAAACAGUAUGGGAAGGUGAUGAUCCCCGUACACCUUGUGACCUCUUCUGUCUGGUUUGGAACGUUCUAUUACGCUGCUAUGAAAGGUGUGAAUGUUGUGCCAUUCCUGGAGCUGAUUGGUUUACCAGAGUCAAUAGUUGGCCUUUUGAGAGACUCUUCAAGUGGGUAUGCACUCACUGCCUAUGCCAUGUAUAAGAUUGCGACACCUGCCAGGUACACUGCGACUCUGGGUGGGACGUCCCUCUCAGUGCAAUAUCUCCGGAGGCAUGGCUACUUCUCCACUCCGCCGCCAGUCAAAGAGUACAUACAGGACAAGAUGGAGGAGACUAAAGAGAGGUUUUCUGAAAAAAUGGAGGAGACUAAAGAGAGGUUUUCUGAAAAAAUGGAGGAGACGAAAGGGAGGUUUUCUGAAAAAAUGGAGGAAACCAAAGAACUUCUGUCAGGAAGGAUGGAAGAGACAAAAGAAAGAUUCUCCGGAAAAAUGGAGGAGACCAAGGACAAGUUUUCAGAGAAACUGCAGGAAACCAAAGACAAAGUGUCUGAGAGAAAACCAUUCUUUAGAAAGAAAACCGACUAGCGAAUACUGUUUAUGGGCACCAUCUUUAAAUAAAUUAACCUCUGAUCAUAUCGACAAGAGUCAAGAGGGUUUGGGCAAGUUGCACAAACUGGCAAAACCUAUUCUUGAGAAGAGAGAGAUUGCACUAUCCUUGUCCUUAAAUAUUCACCCCACACAACUCAGUUUUUACUUGCUGUCUAUGUGAAAAUCAAUGAAUAACAUCUUAAGUUGACAAACCCUACCAUGAUACACUCUAAAAUGUAGGCAAGGUAGCAACUAAUUAGCAGACACUUGGAGAUGCAAUGUUCUGGUUCAGUCAUGGAUGUAAAGUGGCACAGAUGGUGUACUUUUUAACACUUAGCUGUCCAUAUGUGAUAAUCUCUGGUCACCUGAGGGAGAAGACACAUCAAAUUUGUUAUAUUCCUGUGUUGAAAACAAUGCUGCCCCAGAGACUGGAGCAGUGCUAAUCCUUUUAAGCGUUUAAGGAAAUUAAACUUGAAGUACAUGGUUAACUAUGUGUCCUGGUCCAUCAAAGCCUUUCUGAAGGUUGUGUAUCAACAUGUCUUUCAAUGCUGGGGGAAAAUAAGAUAACAUUUUCUAAUGUAUUUUUUAGCAAGAUUGCCAAAGCUAAUAUAUUGCAUAAUGUUUGGUUCUGUACCUCCUAAUGUUUGACUGAAAAAAGAAGUUGUCCGUAAAACAAGGAGUGAAACCAGAUGUUUGUUUGAAAGUUGCUGUUGGUUUUGAGAUGCUCGUGGAAUUAUUUGUCCGUCAUAUGUGUAAACAUCUGGUAUACCUGUUGUAUAUCACAUGUUGAAAGACUGUUUGCCAACUGAAAAUGACCACAACUCAAUAAAUACAAACAAAUGCAUUCAAAGUGAUUGUGUGAGCAGAACACCCCAAUAAGGAUCCUUUCAGCUGUCCUUUUCAGUUUACUGAAUCAAUUUUCACUGAGUAACCAGUCAUUUUCACUGUUCUGCAGUGUCUGGGUUAUUUGUUGGACCUUGAACCUGCAAAAGCCUACACAAGUCUCUUCAUAAAGCACAGGUAGCCUUAUGUUUUCAUGUAGAUAGCAUUCGAGUCAUUCGCUGUCCAAAACUCAAGUCAAUACGUUUCUGAACAAGGUGAAAACAAUCAAGUUUGACUGUUCAGUCAGAACUUUAGAGAGAGAAAGCACAUCUGAGUUAAUGUGCAUAUAUCCUUAGUUUUGGUUGCAUUAUUUUGUCUUGUUUUUACUUUUAGAUUUUACAUUUUUCUCCAACGUUGUGU